CUGACGGAGGAGUACUUAACCACCCCACUCCCUCAUUCACUCGCAUCAUCAUCAUCACCACCAUUCCAAUACAAAUAUCUAUCCAAUGCUAAAGAAACGCUAAUUCCUAUCUUUUCCUUACGCCCACCUUCCCUUCCAAUGGCCUGCACUGGGGCACAGAUAUUCGCCCCUCCGCCCCCACCCUCCUUCUUCACCUCAUCCAAGCCCCGCCAAAAAGAACCCUCCUCCUCCUGCUGUUGCGCUACUACCACCCAAGACGCUGCUAAGAAAUUUACCUAUUCCCGAGCAUCACCAUCUGUAAGGUGGCCGCACCUGAAAUUCACUGAAACCCCGCCUUCUUCGGAGCAGAAGAUGCUCUAUCUCGAGGUUGAGAAACAAGGAGGCGACGACGAAGACGAGUCUCCCCCUAGUUUGGAUUCGGACGAUGAAGAACACGAGGUGUUCGACAAAAAGCUCAGCAGAAAUAAAAUCAAGAAAAUGAACAAGUUGGCAUUGAAGAGGGCCAAGGACUGGCGUAAAAGGGUGCAAUUUGUGACCGAUAAGAUUAUGGAGCUCAAACCCGAGGAGUUCGUGGCUGAUGUUCUGGAUAAGAAACUGGUGCAGAUGACCCCAACUGACUACUGCUUCGUCGUCAAAUGGGUGGGCCAGCUCAGUUGGCAAAGGGCUUUAGAGGUCUACGAGUGGUUAAACCUCCGGCACUGGUACGCACCCAAUGCACGAAUGCUGGCCACCAUCUUGUCAGUGCUUGGAAAAGCCAAUCAAGAAGCUCUGGCCGUCGAGAUUUUCACUCGUGCUGAGCCAGCCAUUGGCAACACCGUCCAAGUGUAUAACGCAAUGAUGGGCGUGUAUGCUCGUAACGGUCGGUUUUCCGAGGUUCAGGAGCUGCUUGACUUGAUGCGUCGAAGGGGAUGUGAACCGGAUCUUGUGAGUUUCAAUACUCUGAUCAAUGCACGCGUGAAAUCAGGUUCCAUGACUCCAGAUUUGGGAUCAGAGCUGCUGAAUGAAGUGAGGAGAUCGGGGAUUCGCCCUGACAUAAUCACUUACAACACCCUCAUCAGUGGCUAUUCGCGCCAAUCCAAUUUGGAAGAGGCGGUGAAAGUUUUCCGUGACAUGGAAGCACACAAAUGCCUACCGGAUUUGUGGACCUAUAAUGCCAUGAUUUCAGUCUAUGGAAGAUGUGGUUUUUCUGGUGAGGCAGAACGGCUCUUCAAAGAGUUGGGCUCUGAGAAUUUCUUUCCGGAUGCAGUUACAUACAAUUCUCUGCUUGAUGCAUUUGCAAGGGAAGGGAAUGUGGAGAAGGUGAAAAAAAUCUGCCAGGAGAUGGUGGAAAUGGGGUUUGCACAGGAUGAGAUGGCUUACAAUACAAUAAUAAACAUGUAUGGGAAGCAAGGCAAGCAUGAUGUUGCCUUGGAAGUUUACAGAGACAUGAAGUCGUCCGGGCGAAAUCCCGAUGCAGUCACCUAUACCGUCCUAAUUGACUUACUGGGGAAAGCAAAUAAGAUGACAGAAGCUGCCAGCGUGAUGUCGGAGAUGCUGAACAGCAAUACAAGACCUACAGUGCGUACUUAUAAUGCUAUGGUAUGUGGCUAUGCUAAGUCCGGACAGCGGGAGGAGGCUGAAGAGAUGUUCGACUGCAUGCUGCGGUCUGGAGUUAAACCGGACAAUUUUGCAUAUUCUGUCAUGUUGGAUGUGCAUCUACGGUCGAAUGAUGCUGAGAAGGCUAUGUUGUUGUACCAGAAAAUGAUUUAUGAUGGCUUUGUUCCUAGUGGUGCCAUCUAUGAAGCAUUGCUCCGUGUACUUAAUAAGCAAAACAAUGACCAAAGCAUCCAGAAAGUGGUUCAAGAUCUCGAAGAGCUGCAUGGGAUGAGUCCAGAUGUCAUUUCUUCUGUAUUAGUAAAAGGUGACUGCUUUGACCUUGCUGCGGAAAAGUUGAGAGCUGCAAUAAUGGAGGGUUUGAAUUUUGAUCAGGAGAACUUAUUAGUGAUUCUGGCUUCGUAUAGUUUAUCCGGACGGCACCAUGAAGCAAUAGAGCUGCUAAACUUCAUACAGGAUCACACAUCUGGAUACCAUCAGUUUAUUUCUGAAGCUUUGGUUGUUAUUCAUUGCAGCACUCGCCAGAUAGAUGCUGCUUUAGUUGAAUAUUAUAAGGAUGGUGGCAUGCAUGCUUCUACCAGGAGCUUUGCAAUGUAUGAGUCUCUAAUCAAGGCUUGUGGGGAGACCGAUCGUUUUAGUGAAGCUUGUCAGAUCUUUUCGGAUAUGAAAUUUUGUGGGAUCAAACCUUCAGCCAAUACAUAUCUUACUGUUGCUCUUAUAUACUGCAAAAUGGAUUUCCCUGAGACCGCUCAUCAUUUGGUUGCCCAGGCAGAAACCGAAGGCCAUUGUCUUCAAGAUAUAUCAAUCUACACUGGCCUCAUUGAAGCUUAUGGGAAUCUGAAGCAACUGGAAAAGGCAGAGAGUAUUUUAGGAACUCUGCGGCAGAAAUCCAGAAUGGUGGACCGUAGAGUUUGGAACUCUUUACUUCAUGCUUAUGCUGCAAGUGGUUGCUAUGAAAAUGCAAGAGCUGCUUUCAAUACAAUGAUGAGAGAUGGGCCUUCCCCAACCACUGAAACCAUGAACUGUCUGUUGCAGGCAUUGAUUGUUGCUGGAAGAUUAGAUGAACUAUAUCUUGUCAUUCAGGAUCUACAGGAUAUGGGUUACAAGAUUAGUAAGAGUUCUAUUAUUUUGAUGAUUGAAGCUUUUGCCCAAUCCGGCAACAUAUUUGAAGUGAAAAAGAUAUACUAUGGGAUGAAAGCGGCAGGGUAUCUUCCGACUAUGCAUCUCUACAGGGUUAUGGUUGGAUUGCUUUCCAGGGGGAAGCAAGUAGGGGAUGUUGAAGCCAUGGUUUAUGAGAUGGAGGGAACAGGAUUCAGUCCCGAUCUUUCUAUUUAUAAUAUGCUGCUUAAGAUGUAUACAGAAAUAGAGGAUUAUAAGAAGACAGUUCAAGUGUACCAGAAGAUUCAAGAAUCUGGACUCAAACCUGAUGAAGAAACUUACAAUAUUUUAAUCGUAAUGUAUUGUAGAGAUCGUAGGCCUGAGGAAGCUCUUUCAUUGAAACGUGAAAUGGAGCGUCUUGGUCUAAACCCUCGCUUGGAUACCUACAAAAGCUUGAUAGCAGCUUUAUGUAAAAUGUUGAUGCUGGAGCAAGCUGAAGAACUUUUUGAUGGCCUAAGGUCAGAGGGACACAGGGUAGAUCGUUCCUUUUAUCAUUUGAUGAUGAAAAUGUAUAGAACAUCUGGUAAUCAUUCUAAAGCAGAAAAGCUGCUGGUGACCAUGAAAGAAUCAGGGAUUGAACCCACUAUGGCUACGAUGCACCUGCUAAUGACCUCUUAUGGCAGCUCAGGCCAGCCAGUGCAAGCUGAAGAAGUUCUUAACAAUUUAAGAACUGCUGGGGCAAACCUUAGUACAUUACCAUAUAGUUCAGUCAUUGAUGCUUAUCUCAAGAAUGGUGAUCUGGACGUUGGCAUUCAGAAGCUCCUGGAUAUGAAAAGAGAAGGCUUGGAUCCGGAUCAUAGAAUAUGGACUUGCUUUAUUAGAGCUGCAAGUCGGUGCCAUAGAUUGAGCGAAGCCACUCUGCUACUAAAGGCAAUAGGAGAUUCUGGUUUCCAUAUACCAUUAAGGCUCCUGACAGGAAACUCUACAUCCUUGCUGUUAGAGAUAGACGAGUAUCUUAAGGAACUUGAACCUGUAGAAGACCAUGCAGCAUUUAAUUUUGUUAAUGCUUUGGAAGAUGUGCUGUGGGCUUUUGAACGUCGAGCAACAGCCACUUGGUUGUUCCAACUUGCAAUAAAGAGAAACAUCUAUCAUCACAAUGUUUUCCGGGUGGCUGACAGGGAUUGGGGGGCUGACUUUAGAAAAUUAUCGGGCGGUGCUGCUCUUGUUGGACUAACCUUAUGGCUUGACCACAUGCAGGAUGCGUCGUUGGAAGGCUCUCCCGAGUCUUCAAAAUCGGUCGUGCUAAUCACAGGUGCAGCCGAAUACAACAGUGUAUCUCUGAACAGGACCCUGAAAGCCUACCUCUGGGAGAUGGGGUCUCCAUUUCUGCCCUGUAAAACCCGGGAUGGGGUCCUGGUGGCCAAGGCUCAUUCCCUGAGGAUGUGGCUCAAGGACUCCCCGUUUUGCCUCGACCUUGAGCUGAAAGACAGCCCCGUCCUCCCGGCGCUGAAUUCCAUGGAGGUGGUCGGGGGAUGCUUUGUGCGGCGCGGCCUGGUUCCUGCCAUGGAGGACAUUCAGGAGAAGCUCGGCAAUGUGAGACCCAACAGGUUUGCCAGACUUGCACUGCUAUCAGAUGAGAGAAGGGAGAAAGCAAUCAAGGCCGACAUCCAGGGGAGACAAUACAGCUUGGCCAAGACCAAGUUGGGGCCAAAUGCAAAAAAGAAUCAUCGUCGUCAUCAUCAUCAUAGUUCUACCUUGAAAAGGACUUGACUUCUUGUUGAUCAUGAUCAUGAUCAUGUUCAUAUUCUCUCUCUCUCUCUCUUGUUCACAGACACACUAACUAUUGUCUUCGAAUAUGUGAUUGCUUAAUCGAGCUACCUAUAUCAUCAGCA